UGGAUGCCUGUAUGUGAGCGUGUGUUUAUGUGUUUGUCCAGUGCUAUAUAAAUAGUGUGCUGUGUGCGCGAGGCAGUGAUUCUGCUGAAGAUGGUUGAUGUUCCAGGAUCUCCGCUCCUAUCUCUGCUGCUGCUGCUGUGUGUGUCGCCUCUGCCUGCCGCCACAUACACCCUGACCCCUGGCAGACAGGCCCAGCACAAAGUCCUGCACCUGGACUGGCCUAAGGACUGUGGCACGGCCCACUAUAAACCUAACAUGGUGAACGGAUCGUCUUCGGAAACGAGGCCAGACCUCACUCCUGGCCAUGGCAGUCUCCCUACAGGUUCGUCCCAGAGGCAGUAAGCACUACAUCCAUGUCUGUGGAGGAACUCUCAUCCACAAGAACUGGGUCCUCACUGCUGCUCACUGCUUCCAGAAGGGUAAAGCCGAGGAUGCUGGGAGUUGGAGGAUUGUCCUGGGGAAGCACCAGCUGAAACGUUCCGAAACACCCGAGAAGGCUAUCCCGGUGAAGAGGAUAUAUCGUCACGAGCACUUCCGUUACCCCAUGCACAGCGAGUUGGAUUACGAUAUCGCCCUGGUCAAGGCUGCCACCGACAUCGUGCCCACCAACCACAUACGCUAUGCAUGCCUGCCGCGCAAACAGAUCAGCCUGAAGCCAGGACAAUACUGCUGGGUGACCGGCUGGGGAGACACUCGGGGUGGGAAGGAGAACGUGUCUCUGGCUGAGGCUCUGAACCAGGCCCGUCUGCCCAUCAUCGACAUCAAGACCUGCCGUCAGAAGAAGUUCUGGGGAGACCGCGUCAGGGACUCCAUGAUCUGUGCCGGCUUCAGAGACACAGAAGGACCACCUGCUGCCUGCCAGGGUGACUCGGGCGGUCCUCUGCUGUGCCAGUUGGGGCGCGACAGGUGGGAGGUGCACGGUGUGGUGAGCUUUGGCCCCAUUGGCUGCACCGUGGAGAACAAGCCCAGCGUGUUCACCCGCACCGCCAAUUACAUCCCUUGGAUCGAGGCUACGCGCAUCAGAGACAUCUUCAUGCACUAGACCACACACAACCCCUCCACGCCCCCAAAACUAUAGCAUUUAUUUUUUGUGCGAGAUACCAUAUUGCCUCAGGCCACACCCCCCUCUCCUCUGUGUCCAUAACCUGUGAGUCACUACAGUGACAUCAGACAAAAUUUGAAUAUAGACAUUUUACAAUCAACAUUGUACUGAUCAUCAGCAUUUCAUUAAAUCAAGCCACCUGUCACGAUGCUGUAA